CCCCAUAAAAAUACUUUUUGGAAGAUCGACACUGCUCUUUGAAAUUCCCUCCAAAACUCCAUGACCUUUCAGAUUUCGCCUUUGAACAGCGAUUUGAGAGAGAGAGAGAGAUGAACAGCAGGUUGCCUUCCUGUGUCCGACUACGAUUGCUAGAGUUCCUUAUCCAAUCUGCUCGUCAACUUCAGGUUCGUCCAAUCGUCAAGUACUCUGCAUUAUCACUCUUCUCCGAUCGGUUCUGCCCUGCUCUAUCAAGAUUCAGACAGAGCAAUGACAUGGAAAGCUGGCUUUUACAUCCCCUGAGAGAGAGCAACCUGCAAUUAUUUUCCCUUGUUUCUAUAUGGAUCUCAAGCAAAAUACAUGAUUCCCAGCCCCUAUCUGUCAAAAGUUUGAAGCUUUUGGGGGACAAGAUGAUUAAGGAGCAGCAUUUUACAACUCGUGAUUUCUUGGAAGCAGAGGUGCUCUUAAUGCAGGUAUUGGGUUUUGAGAUCGGCACAGCUAAUAUUGCUUUUAAAUUCCUGGAGGAGCUCUUCGUUGAGUUUGAGGGAGUUGCAAGAGUUGGGCAACUUGUGAACGUUGAAGCGUCCAUGGAUAUCAUGGAUCUUCUCUACGAAAAGGAGGAAACAUCGCUUCUUUAUUAUUCUCCCAGGAAUCUUGCUGCGUCAAUACUGGUUGCUACGUAUGUUGUCACUGUUCCUAAACAGAAAUGGGAAUUCCCUGUUCUUCCUUGGGUCAAGUUUGUAACCUCCUGCAAAGAAGAGGAUGUUCUAAACAUUGUCAGGGACAUUCUCAAGCACAUAUUUGAGCCCUCUUCUUCUGUGGAAGAACUGCAGGGCUCGUUUGGUACGUACCCACUUCAUUAAAGAGUACUACACUACUACAGCCUUUGAUGCUUUAGCAAUACACCAUGCAAAGCUUUUAAAUGCAUGUGUAUGUGUAUUGUGAUGCAAGUAAAGCUUUUGGUUGAUUCAUCACUUGUAUAACACAUCUGUAAGUCUCACUACACUUUGGAAGUAUCCUUGAAUGAUAUGUAGGCUCCACCACAUGUCCGUAUGAUUCAGUUAAGAGGUGAAGUAAAUUCUACUCA